ACCAUAGAUAUUGAUGAUCAUAUAUACGCAAACGAGUCCCACAAGAAGGAUGGAGUUGGUGAUCAACAUUCAGUGUGGAAGAGACGUUUCCUAGCUGCUACAGUGUGUCUGGGGCUGCUGUGUGUUCUCCUACUGGCUGGGAUCAUAGGCCUGUUACUCUACCAGAGAAACCUAUUGAACAACCUGACUGCAGAGAGAGACCAGCUACAGACCAGCUACAACAACUUGACCAAAGAGAGAGACCAGCUACAGACCUCUAAUAAAUAUGCCACAUGUCCCCAAGACUGGAAGAAGUCUUGCUGCAGUUGUUACUACAUCUCCCCUGAUGAGAAAACGUGGGACGACAGCAGAAAGGACUGUCAGGAGAGAGAAGCAAACCUGGUGAUCAUCGACAGCAGAGAGGAACAGACUUUAAUCAAAGCUUUCAAUAGAAGAGCCUGGUUUGGUCUGACUGACAUAGAAGUUGAGGGAACCUGGAGAUGGGUGGACGGCACACCACUGAACACAAGUUACUGGAAGAAAGGGGAGCCAAAUGAUUUGCAAGGAGAAGACUGCGCUUUGGUUGACAACACUCAAAAGGACCCAGUAGUGGCUUGGAAUGAUGUGCCAUGUAACCACAAAAAUGGUUGGAUCUGUGAAAGGCAGGUGUGUUAAGUCUAUCAAUGACAGGUUGAG